AAAAGAGGAAGGAAUAUGGUUUCGUCUGACGCUCCUCCCGUUUCAGCGGAUCUGUAGUACGGAGCAGGAGGCUGGGGCUCAGUCCGGCGCAAAACCCCCUCUCUGUACCUGAGACAAGCUCCCUUCCCUGCGACCGACCAGCCUCCAGGAGCACUGCCAGCACACCGGGACACAUAAAUGGUGGAGGCCGUGGUGGAGUUCGACUAUGAGGCUCAGCAGGACGAUGAGUUGAGCCUGACGGUGGGCGACAUCAUCGUGAACAUACGGCGGGACGAUGGAGGAUGGUGGGAGGGCGAGCUGGGCGGACGCAGGGGGCUGUUCCCGGAUAACUUUGUCAGGGAGAUAAAGAAAGAGGCAAAGAGGGAUGGAGGACAGGCCGGCAUGAUCAGAUCGGACCUUUCCAACGGCAGGGCGAGCCCCGUGUCUGACCCCGGCGUACGGCCAGGAAGGAAAGGAGACCAAAUCCGCAAACGGAGAUGUAAGGCUGCGUUCAGCUACGUGCCUCAGCAUGAAGACGAGCUGGAGCUGAAAAUAGGCGACGUCAUUGAGGUCAUAGCAGAGGUGGAGGAGGGCUGGUGGGAGGGAGUUCUUAAUGGGAAGACUGGAAUGUUUCCCUCCAACUUCACCAAAGAGAUUCAGAUCGACUCGGAGACGCCGUCGUUGGACACCUCGCAGGAGGAACUCCGCAGCGGCCGCAACAAUAAGGACAGUCCAGGCAGUGAAAGCGAUGGAACGGACACUCGCUCGGAAACAGGGUCAGAAAUCCAGCCCAAGAAGGUUCGAGGUUUUGGCUUCGGUGACAUCUUCAAAGACCAGCCCAUCAAGCUCAGGCCUCGCUCCAUGGACGUGGACUCAGAGGGGGACAAAGUCAACGAGGGGAAACCGGCGAGCGCUGCAGCUGAAAGCAUGAAGACUGAACCCGACGGCAAAACCAAAGGACGGGAGCAGUGCAAAGUCCUCUUUCCGUACGAAGCACAAAAUGAAGACGAGCUGUCGAUCAAAGAGGGGGAGAUCAUCAACAUCAUCACCAAGGAGUGUGCCGACGCCGGCUGGUGGAUGGGGGAGAUCGGAGGAAGGCAAGGCGUCUUCCCAGAUAACUUUGUCAAGCUGCUAGAAGUCGAGAAAGAGAGACCAAAGAAACCACCUCCUCCCAGCGCACCGUCGGCAAAACACACCACAGACAAAAAGCCAGAGCUCAAGAAGGUUCCUCCCGAGCGGCCUGAACAUCUUCCCCAGAGAGACCAGGAUCGAGGCGAGGAGGUGAAGGUCGGAGACAUCCCCAAGCCCUCCCUCCCAACUCUCCUUCCCAAGAAACCCCUCCCCCCAAAGUCGAGCUCCUCCUCUUCCUCCCAACCCCCGCGGCGUCCCGAGAGACCGCCCACACUAGCGUGUGAAAGCCCCAAGUCUGAGGGUGGGGCUUCGACACCAGAUUCUGCCCCUGACAGGUCACAUGACACCGACGUGGACCUGGAUGCAGUUGUCUCGUCUACAGAGAAGCUGAGUCAUCCGACGGUGUCGCGGCCCAGAGUCACAGACCGCCGACCUCGCUCGCAGAUCAUCACACCGUCUUCUUUGUCCGGUACCGACCUGGACUUGCCUAUAGUGGAGGAAAGGAAGGAGAAGGACCGAGGGAAGGACGAGCAUGAGUCCGUCCCCACCAGAUCUGUAGACGUUUCUGUGAGGAAAGGAGUUCCCACCAUCCCUGCACAUGACAGUAAAGCACCACUGCCCGCCAAGCCCUCUGUCCUGGCACCACCACACGCCAGCCACCGCCCCACCUCCCCGUCUUCCUCAUCGGGUCUGAGCCCCUCCCCCGAGCUCCGGCACUCGCCGCUGACCCCCCCAACGCUGGAGGAACUCAGGAACCAGCUGAGAGACCUGAGGGCCUCCAUAGACCUGCUGAAGAGCCAGCACAGGCAGGAAAUGAAGCAGUUGGCCAGCGCGCUGGAUGAGGAGAAGAAGAUUCGUCUUAGUUUACAGAUGGAAGUAGAGCACAUAAAGAAGAACCUGUCCAAAUGAAGCAUCCUUAACGUCACGCUCUGAUCACCACAUUGGAGGCCAUCAUUUGAAAACAUUCUCACUGUUGGCCGAGACACUUUAGCCAAAACAAAAGUUUGUGCCAAACGAUCAUCACGAUCAGCAACAGUUCAGCACCAUGGAGUCAGCCACCUUCCCCCUCCCCCCCGACGCCGCCUUAUCCUGUGUUUACGUCUUUAUUUUUUUCUUCUAACGAGGCUUCUCUGUUCAGUUUACUGCUUUCUUUUCGGAGCUUGCUGUGCCACCGGUACUGACUGACCACGGCCCGUCGCUACGCGUCGCCACGGUGACAGAACGAUGACACAGAGCCGUGGCUGCAGCGGCGACCUCACUGGUACUUUAUGUUUCUGAGUGUGAAGGAAACUUUGACCCACGUAGCCCGGUCGGUUCAGACGACCUCUGUGCUGUUCUGCGUCCACUCUGCGGCCUUCGCCUCUUAACUGUGUGUGAGCGUGUGUGUGUGUUUGUUUCCAUCCAUGUGGGGACUGUAGGUGUAGACCUUCAUCAUAGCGACAUUUUUAUAAAAACGCAUUAACCGCUCUGGCACUGCAGGAACUUUCCCAGAGACUAAGGCUUUGUUCAGACGGCAAAUCAGACUGCCUGUAGUCAUUUAAUUGGAUUGGUAUGUCCAGAUUUUACCAACUUAUCUGCAUGGGUUGCUACAGCAUAGGCAACACUAACUACGUAUGCUGGUGAUGCAUUGGAUCCUUCCGAUGCCAACAGACAGUUUAUUUCGGUGUCUGUCUACAAACUUUUCUUCUUCAUGUUGGCCUCCACAGUGGGUAGCUAGUAGCAGCACUGACUCAACACCUCAAUUACUUUGGAUUUGAGUGCGUUGUUCUGUGUCACAUUUUAAGUGACACAAAAAACACUAUGAAGUGGUGAAGAACGUCCGCACCCAGACACAUCUGUAGAAAUUUGAUUGGAAUCAUAUUUCAAACCAAUUCAAGUGUAAUUUGAUAUGUAAAAAUCACAUUUCCUUUUGUUUUAAUGCUGACCUGACUUUCUAAAAUCCACCUGGGUAUGCUAAAAAAAACAAAACAAGGUGGAAGAACCUGGUUUCCACCGAAGGAGUUGGUGGCGAAAUGAACAUCUAGGAAGAUAGUUUUACCCCGUAAAAAAAGUCACUGCUUCAGUAGGUUGUAAUCUCUUCAGGUUCUGGAAAGUUACUCUGAUAUUUGUUCGUCAUGCUUUCACACUUUGUGGAGCUACAGAAGACAUUGUAUGACAAAGGGACAAACAACAAAGUCCAGGCCUUGUUAAGCACUUUUUUGCGUUGUCAUGCUCAGAAACAGUAAAACAUCUGUUGCUUUUUAGAAAAUGUUCCCAGUCUUUAUGGGACGUUAGAUUGCAGUUGAAAAAAAGAAGAUGAAGGAAACUUUAGUUCCUUGGAAAGUUCCUGUGCAUUGUGGUGUUAAUGCAACUAUAGCUGUGACAUUAGUUGGAUCCUCACUUCUUCAGCAGGAUUAGAGGGGACAUAUUAUGCACAUUUCCUGGUUGAUAUUAAUAUAAUGGGGCUCUACUUGCACAUCUUAACAUCAUUUACAGUUAAAGAAACUCUCCUAUUUAUCUCAUAGUGCCCCUUUUGAGCUUCUUUCAUCAAGAGCCCCCCUCCCGAUGAAAGAACAAUGAUAGUCUGAUUUCAUUUCAGUUUGUCAUUCUUUGCUGAAGAUGUCAACUUCCAUUUGUGAAAAGUUAGUGGACUACACUAACAACCCACUUAGCAAUGAACGCUACGAAACGAAUAGCUGUUUGUGAGCUGUGAUGUCACUUUUAUGAGGAAAUAGAGAUAACAUUGCAAAUGAACUAUUGCAGGGAGCCUUUUUAUAUACAUUCCCUUCAAGCUUUGUAUAUCUUCUUAUGUAUAAUAUCGACUUCUGUCAUCGUAGCGGUAUAUAAAUGACCUGAAAACAACGUAAAGCAUGAUAUGUCCCCUUUGAGGUUAUAAUCCGGGUUGAGGAUAAAGAUUGCGAUCAGAAGUCUAACUGUGCUCGAUGUUUCUAUGGUACACUGCAGGCGGGUGAUUCUGAAGCAUCAGCCAUUUUUGGAAGCACUAGUAUUGGAACGUACUGUUUUCCCCGAACCUUGGAAACGACCUCUCAGUGUUUUUAAUCUGCAGUCAGAUGUCACACCAGUGGGGAGGCUAAACUUGCAAGCACAUCUUGAUUCCCCUUAACAACUUUCUAAAAAAAAUUGUCGACAUGAUAAGUACUGACACUUAAGGUGCUACUUAAAGAAGUGGAAGUACAUCAAGGGAAAAACAUGUCAGCCACAGUUUGUCUUAGCUUAGCAUAAAGACUGGAAACAAUGGCAUUGCUGUGUGCAGUGCUACCGAGUUAACGCACAAUGUUUGUUUAUUCUGUAUAAAGCAUAACAAUUACAAUUUGGGGUUUUACAAUAUGACUUUAGCACAUGAUACCCUUUACGGAUUAAACAAACAGGACGGACUGUGAGGUCUAAAAGUUAUAUAAGCACAGAAUAAGCACAGAAAAUCUCAUAAAUUUGACUUACAAUCAGAUAAUUCAGAAAAAUCAGUGUGUUUUGAAUCAUAUGAUGAUGAUUCUUAGGCAAGUUCUGAAGUGUUUCAAGUCCUACCCCAUUAGUCUUUUGUAAAUGAUUUAAUAAUUACAAAGUUAGGAUCUUAUAAUUAUCUUUUAGUAAAACUUCUGAUGAAGUCAUGUUUUUAUUUUUGUGAAUGAAAUGCAUUUGCAACUUUUGGACAGAGCCAGGCUAGCUGUUCUCCUUGGUUUCCAGUCUUUAAGCUAAGCUAAGCUAACUAUCUCCUGGCUCCAGCUUCCUUUUCCUGUUCAGACAUGAGAUCUGCUCAUGUAACUCUUCAUGAAAGCAAAAAAAGAAAAAGAAGCACAUUUCCACUGAUGGCAAAUUAUUUCUUUAACAAAACUGAAACUACCUUGUGAUAUGUGACUGCAAAUUAACAUUUUAUCUGAGGAAAAGCAUAUGUCUCUCUGCACAAACACACUUGUAUGAUGUUUAUCAAGUCAAUGCCUUCUGUACGACGACCUUAUUAUUCUAUCUGUAUUUGCUUUUUGCACUUUUGCUCCACGACUCCGUAAAGCUAACAGUUGUGCUGGCCGCAUCACGAUCCUACAAAUCAAACCGACAUCCACGUGCAGGUGAUUCAGGACAGGGUUUCGAGGAAUGUAGUCAACGGAAGGUCCUCACAGGUAAAAGGAAGAUUAAAAUGUGAGUGUGCAUGUGUGUGUAUGUGUGGCAGCAUGUACGGCUGUUUGCCUCCCUUCCUUAUAUGUGCACAGAAUCUAUGGCAACCCGUCACUGUGGCCUUCCUGUUUUUGAUUCCAGAUCUUUGUUUCUUUUCUUUUUCUUUUUCUUUUUUCUUGCUGUCUUUCGUACGACAACGAGAAAACUGCUACAACUGAGGCUACAAGUUGUUUUCUUGACUUGGUCCUUUCUCUCCAGGAUAGUGAUAAAUAUAUAUACUUUUAUAUUUCAGUGUAAUAAAGAUGCUAUUAUGUACUGUA